UGAAUAAGUCUCAAUCUAAUGUAUCAAAACUAGUAUUAUUUGUAUUAUUUUUUAGUGUAAAGACGGCCGUGAAAGAGCUUACUAUAAUAGCUACCAUUGUGCUAUUAACAUUUGUGAUUUUAUGGUAUCCUUGGCUAAGUUCAAUUGACUCAACUUUAAGAGUAUUUCACCGUCUCUUUCCUCUUGGACGUGGGGUAUUUGAAGACAAAGUCGGCAAUGUUUGGUGCACCCUUAAUAUCUUUUAUAAAUUAAGAAAAUCCAUUAGCAAUCACAAAAUGGCAUUCAUUUGUUUUGGAACCACAUUAUUAACAGCCGUACCUAUUAAUGUGCAUCUUUUUUUCCAGCGAAGUAAAUACACAUUCUUAUUAACUUUAUUCAACACGGCUUGUGUAUUUUUCUUGUUUUCAUUUCAAGUUCAUGAAAAGUCAGUUUUGCUUGUAGCCCUGCCCUCGUUUUGUUUAAUAUACUGGUGGCCAACGGAAAUGCUAUUUUUUCUUAAAGUUUCUGUUUUCAGUAUGAUUCCACUCUUAAGAAAAGAUAAUUUGUUAGUUCCAACAGCGGCUCUAAUGAUAAUUUUUCGUUUCGUUUUUAAAAGUUGGGCAUUUAAAACUGAUGACAUUACGAUAUCUAAAAGUUAUUUAAAAAUGAAAAUCGGACAAGUCUCGGAAAUUUUAAUGAUUGCCACUUCGCUAGCGUUUUUAUUAAUAGAACCACCCUCUAGGUUUCCGGACACUUGGCCAUUAAUAAUUUCUGUAAUAAGUUGUGGUUAUAUAUUGAUAUUUCUAAUUUGGGGGUAUACCAGACAGUUUAUGUAAAUCUCAUUAUUAAAAAACUUGAUGAAUCGA